AUGUCUUCCGGACAGUCGUCGUCUAGUGACGCGUCUGGAGGGAUUCGUUCACACUCUGCCUCCUCUUCCAAGAACGUCUCCAAAGAGAAUGCAGCAAGCUAUGUGGCGGUGGAUGAAGAGGUUCAACCGUCUUUCGUGGCAUCAGUAGGAGUUUUUGAAACUUUGCUACAAAAGCUGCGACAUCGCCGAUCGCAAUCUGCAGUGAGAAGUGAACAACAAUUGGAGCCCAUUUCAACUGAGGUGCUUUUGGUCAGUAGCCCGGGAUAUGCAGUACUGGACUCUGGGUGCGGUAAGACAAUUAUUGGUGAGCGGACUUUGGAACAGUUUCAGAAGAUCUGGACUCAGGAUGGUCGAUUUGGCCCCGAGUUCAAAACUGAAACAAAUGUGUUCAAGUUUGGGAACGGUGACCGUGAGACUUCUCAGAAAGUCGUCAUCAUGCCAAUAGGUCUCGCAGGCCGCUUCGGAAAUGUUCAAGCUGCAGUGGUGAAAGGGGCUCGACUGCCGAAUGCCCUGAUGCAGAGCAUUCAUGAACUUGGGGUAACUGGGGAUAACCAUAAGACGGGAAUAAGUGAUGAUCACUCCGAACACAGAUGUCACCGAGUGAUAGCAGGAUCUGAACCGGAAGUUGGUUUAGUCAGCAAGCAUGCCGGCAUUUACACGGCAGAAUUCGUGUCAGCAGUGUUAGCCACAGAUGAAAUAGUAGCUCAACGAGACCGUGUCAGUAGUGCCUCAGCUUCACCGCAUCCGGCCAGUGAAUCGUUGCCGUUGCCUUAUGCCUCGGAAGGAACUUCCGCCGAACGAGCCAAGAUCACAGCAAGAGUGGACCAGGCCAAGGUGUCCGAAUGGCAGACUUUGGUUGACAAGAAUGCCGUGCGAGUGCUGUCAGCCAAAGAGUCAAGAGCCGAAAGUCUGAUCGCCGUGCACAAUUGGAUCAGAAAGAAGUUAGCAUACUCCGCGGCAUCAAUGGUCGCCGUCAUGAGCCAACAUCUCCAGCCGUUGUCGUCAGCAGAGAAGGCCUUGUUGCAAGACCUUCUGAGCCGUGCAGCCCUCUCAGAAGAAAGUGGCGAACCUUCCACGCCGGGCAGCUUCUCAGUAGUGGAGUCAAUGAAUCACGGGGGGGCAAUGAAUGAUGCCUCCAAACGUCUCAAUCCAGUGAGUGAUGAGGGCGAGUCAAGCAAGCGCCCGUACUGCACAAUCCCUGGAUCCACAGAGCCGUUGGCAUCACCAGCCUUGCUGGGCCGCACUCCCCAUGGUAAGGCAAUCUUCUUACCAGCAGGGGUGAGUGAUGUGGAAGGUUGGGGGCGCUCAGUGAUUCAGUUUGGCAAGUACAUGAACAAGCGUGGCACGCCUGGCAUGUCCUACGAGGAGUUGUUUGCCAGCCGCUUGAUCGAAGAAGAGAAGCGCACAUACGUUCGCUGGGUGAUGAAUCAAGUAGAUUCCGCCAAGGGUCACCUUUUAGAUUUAGGCUUGUAUCUCUGCGUCCGCACUGAUGAGUGCUCUCAGGAGAAUCAGCUUCCAAUGGUCCCUGGCACCGGGGUAGUGCGAAUUUUCAAAUGA